UGACCAUUUCUAACGGUUUAAGGGAUAUUUUACUGUAUGAGUACUACAAACAAAAACAAAAAUUUCCAUAACGAUCAACGUCUGGGCAGUGUAUUUAUCAAUUUCGUUAUUUUAUCACAGAUUAUGCUAUCAGUUUAAUAGAUCUUAUCGUUAUGGGGCAAAUGAUUUUUGAUAUAGUUUACUCUGUGCAUUAUGGUUGACCAGACAGUCGUGUAUAUCUAUGCUGGUCACUACUGGUAAAUUCUGUGUUUAAAAUUAGUAUAGACUUAAUAUAGCUUCUAAAGCGUAUAUUUACGUCUGUAUAUUAAGAGACUAAAGAGCUAUGGAUGUUGUAACACGUGCUGUGUACACGUCACACGUGUCACGAGUUUCAUAACCUAUAAGGAUACGUAAGAGUAGCGUGUGGAAAGCAUGUUGUGAAAGUUGCCGAGUGUAAUAUACUUCGCCAACUCUCGGUUUUCGUGAUUUAGUCACGGAGCUUAGUGAGAUUAUACCUUUCCACUUAUGGUAUUUCAAUUAGAGAAUGGCGUUAGUAAAUAAAUUCCAAAGGAUAUCGAGAUCGUUUCUCGCCAUUGCUUCAAAUUAUUCAAAAUACAAAAGCGGCACAGUGUUGUCCUCUUGUCAAGCUAUAAGGCACACCUCGACCACACAACCACUUUCAGAGAAACAAGAGGUGAACAUAACAUUUGUUAAAGCAAGUGGCGAAAUAAUAAGAGCAAAAGGAAAAGAGGGGGAUACGAUUUUAGAUAUUGUAGUAAACAAUGAAAUAGAUUUGGAUGGCUUUGGAGCCUGUGAAGGAACUUUAACUUGUAGUACAUGCCAUUUAAUAUUUUCGAAAGAAGUUUAUGAUUCACUACCAGACAAACCAACAGAUGAAGAAUUGGACAUGUUGGAUCUAGCAUACGAAUUAACAGAUACGUCACGUUUAGGCUGUCAAAUAGUAAUGACUAAAGAAUUAGAUGGAAUUGAAGUGAGAGUGCCAUCAACGCUUAAUGACGCGAGAGCAUAAUCAUAUUUAUAGUCUAAUGCACUUAGAGUUGAAAAACUAAUUGUAAAAAUACCCACUUAAAUUUUGGAACUAAAAAUAGAAAAUAAGGAACAUUACUCUUUAAUGUAAAAUUAGUAUACACAUUGCGGAAUAUAUGGAAUAUUUUGUGUAAAAUACUUAUUAUUUAGUGUAUUACCACUAUAUAAGACUUACACAUAUACAGGAAUAUUAGAAUAUCUGCUUCAGAAUGUUGUCAAAAAUCAAAGUUCAAUGGUAAGUCAUAUGCUUGUGUAUACAUUAUGCAUGUAAGACAAAUUCAUUAAGGAUUAUCUAAAGAAACAAUCAGUACACAGAAAUGAGUGCAAUUAAAGUCCAGUUAUAU